UAUCAAGAUAAAGAAGAAGUUGUUUUAUGGAUGAAUACUGUUGGGCCCUACCACAAUCGCCAAGAAACGUAUAAAUACUUUUCACUUCCAUUCUGUGUAGGGUCAAAAAAAAGUAUCAGUCAUUACCAUGAAACUUUGGGGGAAGCACUUCAAGGAGUUGAAUUAGAAUUUAGUGGCCUGGAUAUUAAAUUUAAAGAUGAUGUGAUGCCAGGUACUUAUUGUGAAAUUGACUUAGAUAAAGAGAAGAGAGAUGCAUUCGUGUAUGCUAUCAAGAAUCACUAUUGGUACCAGAUGUACAUAGAUGACUUACCAAUAUGGGGUAUUGUUGGUGAAGCAGAUGAAAAUGGGGAAGACUACUAUCUUUGGACCUACAAAAAACUUGAAAUAGGAUUUAAUGGAAAUCGAAUUGUUGAUGUUAAUCUAACCAGUGAAGGAAAGGUCAAAUUGGUUCCAAAUACUAAAAUACAGAUGUCAUAUUCAGUAAAAUGGAAAAAAUCAGAUGUAAAAUUUGAAGAUCGAUUCGACAAAUAUCUUGAUCCAUCCUUUUUUCAACAUAGGAUUCACUGGUUUUCAAUUUUCAAUUCCUUCAUGAUGGUGAUCUUCUUAGUGGGUUUAGUUUCAAUGAUUUUAAUGAGAACUUUAAGAAAAGAUUAUGCCCGAUACAGUAAAGAAGAAGAAAUGGAUGACAUGGACAGAGACCUAGGAGAUGAAUAUGGAUGGAAGCAAGUGCAUGGAGAUGUCUUUAGACCAUCAAGUCACCCUCUGAUAUUUUCUUCUCUCAUUGGUUCUGGAUGUCAGAUAUUUGCUGUGUCUCUCAUUGUUAUUAUUGUUGCCAUGAUAGAGGAUUUAUAUACAGAGAGGGGAUCAAUGCUCAGUACCGCCAUAUUUGUCUAUGCUGCUACAUCUCCAGUGAAUGGGUAUUUUGGAGGAAGUCUGUAUGCCAGACAAGGAGGAAGGAGAUGGAUAAAGCAGAUGUUUAUUGGGGCAUUCCUUAUUCCAGCUAUGGUCUGUGGCACUGCCUUCUUCAUCAACUUUAUAGCCAUUUAUUAUCAUGCCUCUAGAGCCAUUCCUUUUGGAACAAUGGUGGCCGUUUGUUGCAUCUGUUUUUUUGUUAUUCUUCCUCUAAAUCUUGUUGGUACAAUACUUGGCCGAAAUCUGUCAGGUCAGCCCAACUUCCCCUGUCGUGUCAAUGCUGUGCCUCGUCCUAUCCCGGAGAAAAAAUGGUUUAUGGAGCCUGCAGUUAUUGUUUGCCUGGGAGGAAUUUUACCAUUUGGCUCAAUCUUUAUUGAAAUGUACUUCAUCUUCACAUCUUUCUGGGCAUACAAGAUCUACUAUGUCUAUGGCUUCAUGAUGCUGGUGCUGGUCAUCCUGUGCAUUGUGACCGUCUGUGUGACCAUCGUCUGCACAUACUUCCUGCUAAAUGCAGAGGACUAUAGGUGGCAAUGGACAAGUUUUCUCUCUGCUGCAUCAACUGCAAUCUAUGUUUACAUGUAUUCCUUUUACUACUAUUUUUUCAAGACAAAGAUGUACGGCUUAUUUCAAACAUCAUUUUACUUUGGAUAUAUGGCGGUAUUUAGCACAGCCUUGGGGAUAAUGUGUGGAGCAAUUGGUUACAUGGGAACAAGUGCCUUUGUUCGAAAAAUCUAUACUAAUGUGAAGAUUGAUUAGACACCUGAGACAACCUGGAACUUGGGAUCAGUUUCUCUUUCAUGCCGGUGGAGCUUGCACAGAAAAGAAGAAUAAGCGGAAGAAGAGAUUUGGGCUUAACACUGGGUACUCGUGUGUCUCUCUCAUGGGUGGCUUAAAGUGACAUCUAUCUCCAUUGAUCCUAGGUUCUUACUGACUGCUUUCUCCAACUGUUCACAGCAAAUGCUUGGAUUUUAUGCAGUAGGCUUUACUACAGUACAUGGCUAAUCUUCCCCAAACUAGCUCAUUAAAGAUGAAAUAGACCAGCUCUCUUCAGUGAAGAGGACCAAUAGUUUAUUUAAAGCAUUUGUUUCAAUAAAAGAACUAUAGGGAAACUUGGAUGCUAAAAUUCCAUGAGUAGAAAUCUUCCUGGCACUUAGUGUUUCUAUGUUAUUGAAAAAUGAUGUUCCAGAAAGAUUACUUUUUCUCUUAUUUUUACUGCCAUUGUUGAUCUAUUGUGGGACAUUUUUAUAUAUUGAACCUGGGUUCUUUUUGACCUGUUUUUGGUCGUCCCUCCAUUCAACUGCAUCUUUUUUUUUUUUUUUAACAAAAUUAAAAACUAUUAAAUUCUGCAUGGAAUAUAUCUGCUGUCAUCUUAAUCUUAGUUGGAUCAACCUCAUUUAUUUAUCUUAAAAUUAACCAGUUCUAUCUCAAUUCCAUCCAAAGAAAAUACAGUAUGAAAAUAGAGGUGAACUCUAUAAUGCAUUUUACUGUACAGUUAGAAAGCAAAGUGUUAAAUGGAGAAGAUCCUUGUUUUUAUUAAACAUUUGGAGAUUUAGAUAAAUUACAUUUUACCUGAAUGUCUAAAGUGAUUAUAUUUCCCUCCCCCUCCCCCUGUUAGUCUUACAUCUUUUUUUGGGUUUCAAUGAAGGCUUUACACAAGAAAUUAUUAAAAAUAAGGGGGGCAAUAAGUGUAUAUAACAUUAAUAAUGUCGUGUAGCUGUAGGUCCCUGGAUGCAUUUGGAUGUACAGAUUGACUGGAGGACUCUUUGGGAUGAUGAUUGGUGUAGAAACGUGUGGGUUUGGUGGCUUUCACAUCUCGCCUACCAUUGCAUGAAACAUUGGGGUUUCUUCAAGAUGUGUGUGUCAUACUUCUUUUGGGAGGGGGUUAUUUUCUUCUUUUAUGAAACUCCUACUGGAGCUAAAUUUGUAAUUUAGAAACAUUUAAUUUUGUUAAUCCUGUCUGGGACAUUUAAGUAACAUCUAAAGCAUUAUUGCUUUAGAAUGUUCAAAUAAAAUUUCCUGACCAAAUUGUUUUGUGACAA